GACCACUGACAGACGAUGUGUCGUGUGUGUGUGUGUGUUUUCAGAGUAUGGAGUCUGAGCGAAAACAGAGUUCAGCUGUCGGUGAGGAACAGCAGAGAUGAGCAGCAGCUGGCACCACAGCUGCCAUGCAAAGCCUCAGUGCGACACCUGGAACAGGAGGUGGUGCUGUGGGGUAGGACCAGAGAUGAGCUCCACCACAGGAUUUACUCUCAGCAGCCAAUCAGGGGCUGGGAGGGUCAACCCGCUCAUGUUUACGGAGAGGUCAUCCACUCCUCUGUGGUGUUUCUCCACAACAACUAUUCAGAGGAACAAAGUGAACGGUUCUUGUUGUUGUUCUCUUUUCACCUCUUAAUCCUCUCUCUGGAUCACUCCCGAGAAGACUUCAUAUACGAGGGUAUACUUCCUGUUUCAGGCCUGUCUGUCCGAGCCGUAUCCCUGCAGCCGGAUGCGUCACAUCCAACACACAUGUUUGAGAUCACCAGUGCAAUGGUGGACUCCAAGGUGUUUACAUGUGCCAGUGCAGGAGAGUCACAGAGAUGGAUUCAGCACAUAGAAGACCGGAGACAUGAGUCCAUGAUGCAACCCAUGAGUCCCUCCCAGUGUGCUCUUUCUUAUCUUCUGCCUUGUGAUGAAAACUGGAAAAGAGAGGAGCUGAAGAAAUAUGUAAUGCAGGCUCCCAUAUGGAACUGGGAGGGCUCACCCAUACACCACAUGGGUCAGCCUGGACACAUCUCUAUUGUUCACAUCAUCAACACUCAAAGACAGGGUCUCCAAGAAAGACUGAUGAUUCUCUUUCCUCAAGAUCUCCUGCUGCUUUCUGUGGACAGUAAGCGGCUGCAUAUAAAAUAUGAGGGCAGGUUGGCGAGACAGAGCAUCAAAGCAGUGGAGCGCUCAGCACUUCCUGGACGCUUAGAGUUUGAACUAAGAGGGGAGCUGGUGGAGACGCUGCAGGUCUCCUGCACCUGUGUGGAGGAUUAUCAGGCCUGGAUUUUUCAUCUGCACCAGCCAGACAGAGACAGUCACAUCAUAAUGAGUCAGCCGCUGCCUCCCUUAGUGCCAAAGCUGCAGAGGAACAGGAUGGAGUCGCAGGAGCCGAUUUUAGCAGGCGACCAGUGUCACAUCAACGGCAGGAGCUGACCUGCAGGUCUCAGGAAAAUCUCUAAAAGUGGACUGUUCAAUAUAAAUCUAAAUAAACUUUUAGAUAAAGUAUUUAUUACUUGGAUGUUUGCCAGAACAAGGGUGGAAAGUUCUUGUCCUAAUUUAGAUAUAAUUCACUGAGUUGAUUAUUUGUAAGUACCGGAAAAGAGAGUCUGGUCUAUUUCACGUGUGAACAGACUGAAACCAGGCCGUGACCUGGUUUAAGAGGAGAGAUGGUAAAUAUAAAGAGCAGAAAGCCAGGGCUGAAAAUAUUGUACAUUUAUGUAUGUAGAACUUUACUAGUAAACAGUUUUCAAAUAAAGACUCACUUACUGAGCAUUGAACAAGUACCAGUGUUUAUCUGAGAGUUGAAACAUUUACAGUAGUGUGCAGAACUCCAGUGUAUAAUGGCAUCAUAUUGACAAUGGCAUCAGGGUUAAAAACCAAAAGCACCGGUGGAAACGAUUCAAAUUCAAAUGUCUCUGCAUAUAAAUUACAGUCACACAAAGAAAACAAGCCAAGUUCUAACUCUUUGUACACAACGCCAUCUACAGUAAAAUACAUCAGAAUCUGGGGGAACAUAAAUACAUAUGCUACAACAGUUUAAAUUACAACAAACAGCUAUUUGACAGGAAGUCUGAAACAUUUCAUGUGCCACUGGAAAAGUGGAUUAUUGUGGUCCAUAAACAGGCAUCAUUAAAUGAUGCUGAUUGAAACGAGCUACAGAAGAAAAACACUGACUUAAAGCCAGGUCAGAGGUCAGAGUGGAGCAGGUCUGUGGCAUGUACAUUUUUUACUUGAGCAUCUGUGAAAGUAAAAUUUAUAUUUUCACACAAGUUUGUGAAUGGAGUCAAUUUACAGCCACACAUCAUGAGCAUAAAUGUCGUAUUAUUUUAGGAAUUCAAAUAAUUGGUUCACAAUUCUAAGAGAAGUCCAGUAGAGUCAGUUCGACUGGGGAGCGAAAUUGCAACAUUUGUUACAUGUUCAGCUGGUGUGGUUUGCUUUCUCACUGCACUGUCAAACUUAAAAAAUACUUUGUAAAAAUAUGUUUGCCCCGCACCCCCCCAACCUGUGGCACCGUGAACUGCUGAAGGAAAUGACACAAAAACAUCUGAAAAAGACACUUAGCUCAACUCCCUUCUUCACACAUUGUAAACAAGAAUCUCGUCAGAUUUUAGCAGGAUUUAUCUCGAGUCUUCGGUAAAUGACCACAAACCAUUUUUUCUGGUGGCGCUAGACUCGCACGUUUGCUUUGGUUGUAUUUACCCAGAAUGCUCUGUGCUAUAGUCUGUUCCUGCUUUUGGAGUGGUUUCCAGUCCACUUGCAUUCACAUGUAUUUGAACUGCACCAGAGUUCACUUCGGCUGAACGAAGACCGAGAUUUUUAGGCAAAUCAGUGUUUGAUUUUUUUGUCUGCAACAGAGUUUGAUUGCGCAUUCCCACCUCUACACAAACAGACUAGAGUUUGAUUAAGACGGACUAAACAGGGAUGGUGUGAAUGCAUCCUAAGUCUCUAACAGGAUUGGCCCACUGGUAGAAAGUGCAUGCAUUGCUUAUACUACAUAUCCCACAAUGCUCUUCGGGUCCAAUGGUGCCCAGAGAGCACUUUAAAUACUUUUCCUUGCUUCAGUGGUUAGGUUGUUCUGCAUAUCAGUGCUUUUCAGUCCUGGUCCUCAAGGCACAAUGCCCUGCACAUGAUUUUAAUUGAUUGCUGAUUAACAGGCUUUUGCUGAAUUGCAAUCAUAUGAAAGGGAAACAUCUACAACAUGCAGGUCAGAGUGCAUCGAGGACCAGGGUUGGGAAACGCUGCUGUAUAUAAAGACAUAGGUUGUCAAGAUGUUUAAACUCGCACUACAAUCAGUUCCUGGCCAAAUCAGAAGAAUCCCUAAAGUGAUAUGGCAUUUAUGCAGGUGAGUGCAUGUCAAGGUUUGACUGGAGUUGCUAUGUUUGUUCGCUUUUCAUAGCAAACACGUUAUUUCCCUUAUAUACAGUAAACAAAUAUAAAAAGGUCUACCCUAACAACCGUUUUCUGGUCAGUUCACAAAUUCUUAAAAAACAGCAAAUAUCCCACACAGGAGGUCUUUUUAUUUUAAAUAUAUGUUUUUGUCAGUAGUAAAUAGUGCAUCAUUAUUUGGGUUUUUAUUUUCAGCUGUGAAAAUUUGGCUACAAUUUACAACAGACGGUUCAAGCGUUUGAAAGUUACUAAAAAAAAACAAAAAAACAAAACAAAAAAAACUGCUCGUGUUUUU